ACAGUUAAGCAACUAUAUACAGAAUGUGGUUCAAAUACUGAUGUUUGUUUUCGGAUGAGGAGUCAAGCAAUAUCAAAGAUGGAACAGAUCGUUGUCAGUACGAGAGGGGAUUUUAAGCAAGAGUUUCCUAACGUAAACAUUACCUUCAGCUUCGAAAAAGGAGAGAUUCGCUAUGCAAAGAAAGAAGAACCUGAUUAUUCUGUCUUCAACUUCAAAUCCAAUGGCAGCUCAUUUGGAUUUUACAAGGUGGGGGAGUUUAGAGAUGACCGGUUAAAUAUAACAGACACAAUCGUGGCAUUUAAUAAGGACGAAGAAGAAACAGACGCCGUUCAUGCACAAUGUCAGAAAUCGUAUGACUGUAUAAAGUGCUUGAAGUCAAACGAAGAUGCAAAGGUCUUAUACAUACCAGGUGAUUUCUAUAUCAUUGGUAUGGCACCCAUACACAACAAGGGUGGUACCUUUCUGAAGUGUGGAAGCGUGCGAGCCAUAUCUCUAAGUGUUGACCUUACAAUAGCAUUGCAGUUCGCUGUAUCCACCUAA